AUUUUGGUUGCUCAAAAUCUAUAUAUAUAGCUCCCAACCAACUGGCGUAACACAUCAAAAAAAUUCAAGCACAAGCAAAUUCAUUAUCAAUUUUCCCAUCAACCCAGAGGCUUAUCUGAAUCUAUUUCUCUGUAUCACCAUCUCAAACUUGUAAACAAAUUCAUGGCCACGGACGCUCAAUCUUAUACUACGGAAACUAAUGAACGUGGGAAUUUCCCAGAAGAUGAAAAGAAUAAUAUGGCAAGUUCUCCUGCUGAUCAUAUUUCACCGUCGGAAAAUGCUCAUCAUCCACCAAAAGCUACUGCAGGGAGUUCAAUUGAUCCAAGACUACUUGUGUUGUUAGAAUAUUUCAUGGAGCUCUACGAACGAAAAGAUGACUUGUUCAGAAAAAUAUUUCCGGGAAUUCAUGACGAGUUUGUAGAUUUCUCCAUGAAAUUUGACGAAUUAUUGUCCCAACUGAAAUCUCAUAAUGGAAGGAGAAGCGUGAGAGGUAUGCAAAGGAGUUUAAGCGUUGGUUCGCCGCGCAGUCGGUCCAUCGACGGUGAUGAAUCCCCUUUGAGGCUUGAUCGGUUCAAGAUUCGGACUGUAAUUCUGGACGGAAUCUCCCAGGGUGGAGGCCAAGGUGAUGGUCAACAGGGUGACAAGAAAUGACCAAGUCUUGUAUGAAGAAGAAAGAAGAGUCGUUGGCUGCUUCAAUCAAAUAUUGUUGCAACUCUAACGUAUUGUUUUAUUGAUUCCUUAUAAGAUUGUAACAUUUAUAAUAUUUAUAAAUUAUAGUUUCAUUGCAUAGA